AUGAUGUCCGACUUUGAGGAGGUGCUGGACAAAAAGGAGCGGUUCGAUGAGCGAGACGCAUUUUUUGAGGGCGGCUAUCAGUCGGAUUACACCGGAUAUCACUCGAGACCAAAACCCCUCUCCACCGUCCCGCACUAUCGGCAGAAUCGACCGGAUCCAUUGGCGUUUGAUAAUGCCAUCGCCAAGGGCAAGUACAGCAACGGGGUGCGGGCGCAGAUUCAGAAGAGUCAACCGAUCACAGCACUCGGGCGGACGCUUUCCGAAAUUAAGGCCCGCCAGAGUAUGGAGACGCUGGUGGAGAGUAGUCCCUCUCGUCCCUCUUCCACGACCCCUUUUGACCCGGCGCUUCUCACCUGUUCCUCGAGGCUGACCACCAGGAGUGAGCACGAUCUGCUGCCGCCAAAGUCUCCGAGAACCGAGACCAGUAAUCUCCCGUGGAGAAGCCCAGGGACCGCAGCCCCACCGCCACUACCGAAGGAAAGCCGCACAACAACCCCUUCAAACCCCGGCAACAUAGAGGAAUUUGCCUCGAUGCGACGUGGCCGCGAAAGUGGGCUACCAGCGCCGGAAGGACCCCGGAUACGAUACUACUCGGCUUCACCAAAAUUGCCGAGGAGAUUUACGGCAGCGCCGAACUUGGAUGAAGCCGGGCUGAAUGGCCAUCCAGCGGAAAAUGGGCACACUAAUGGCCACCACCAUCCUCCGGUCGCUCCUCCAAAACCGCCACCAAGAGAUACACGCUCGAUUUCCGUUGGCACCGGCCCAAUCCCACCGCCGAAACCCUGCAUCGAGUGCCCGGAGCUGAAGAAGCGUCUCGACUACGUUGUCGCAAAUUCACCCAUCCCUGAGAAGCCCAAGAUGCGCGAGUCCGGUACUUGUACGGCGGCUAGGCCGACGGUCAGCGACGCGUGCAUCGGCGCCGACAAGCUCACCCAGAUCAACAUUGGCAUCGUUACGGAUAAGUAUGAAGAGCCGAAACCGGAGGUCCUGCAUCAGGAAGCUCAAACGCCCCAAAAAGAGCAGCUCUCCGUCGGUGUCGAAAUGCGCCCCAAGAUGUGCACCGUACACCUCGAUACUUUUGAUCUGGAGAAACGCGAGCUGGCCCAUACAUCGUGUAACACGGAUGGGGAAUUUGAGCUUCAUAUUGAGGAAUUGAAAGCGCAGCUAGCCGCCGCUUCGAUCGCCUCCUCCCCGGUUACUCCUUCCACUUCAGAUGCCGAGGCUCAAACAGAAUUGGAAAUCGAGCUCCUUCACGAGCUGUCCGAGCCGCGGCUUUUUGCUGAGGCUGAAUUGACGGAUAGUAUCUGGUUAUCGCCCGAGAAAGUGAUGUCCGAUGCGUCUUGCGAGACUGAGGAGGUUCAAGCUCCGGAAUGUGAAAAAUGCCACCAGAAAGAGAACGUCUUCUUGCGAAACGUGGGCGUUGGGGCUUGCUCGGUGACGGACAAGGUGUGUGCCGGUUGUGAUGAGGCCAUGGCCGAAGUCGAUGAGAAUGAGGUCCCCGGCUUCUCCCCACCGACCAUCGAGUUGACCCGGGCAACGGCAACCAAAAAGCUGCUCGAGCAGACGACACCAUUUGUCAGAGGCACCCAAAUUUCGCGGUCUUGCCGCGAGACGAAACGGAGCAAUUCGGGAGACGAUUUGGAGUACCUGGAGCAGCAGCAUAUUAAGAAGGCGCAGAAAGAGCCAUCACCUUCGUCUGCCCCAACCGUUCCAUCCAUUGAUAACGCGGAAGCGCUGACCGGAAAGGUCGUGCUCAAGAAGGAACCAGCAACUCCUUCACCAUGCAAAGUUCCGGACCCGAUCCCAGCUCGGAUUCCGCGGCCAAAGAUUAGCAAGCAACCCUUUUACAGUACGCCGUCCCCACACGGUGAGGCCGAGACUCCAGAUGAGAUGGACGAGGCUCAGGAUCGGCUCACUCCGCUGCGCUCUGAGCUACGGGUACUCGGAAGGUGGAAUCGGACAAAUACCUACGAGCCGCCAGUAGAAGAGCGAUCAUCAGAGGGGACGAGGACCAGCGAUUCGGAUGGUGAGGGCGCCGAGUCCGACGACAGUGAGGGGACCUACGAGUGUCAAGACGAACUCACCGAGGGCACCCCAUUCGAAAUCUCUGCCCCAUUGAUGGACGCCCUGAAUUCGUUGAAUGGUCAUCUACAAAACACCGAGAAAGAGCCUACGGAAUGGGCCCUAAAAUACGUUCAGCACGAGUGGCUGAAAACAGCGGCGAGGAAGAAUUCACAGGCUGCACAUGUUGAGGUCCUCCUUGAGGCCGUCCGGGGUAUUGAUGUCAAGCUGCUGAAAGCCGUUGUCAAUCUGACCGACCAGAAUGGGAAUUCUGCGCUGCAUUAUGCGGUCUCGCACGGGAAUUUCCCGGUUGUGUCGUCGUUGCUGGACUGUGGGGAGUGCGAGCUGAACUUGGCGAACAAGGCCGGCUACACCCCUGUAAUGCUGGCGGCACUCAGCAACCUGGACGACGACAUCGAGAAGACUGUCGUCGCCAGACUCUUCCAAGCCGGUGACGUCAACGCGCGGGCUACACAACACGGCCAAACUGCUUUAAUGCUGGCGGUAUCCCAUGGAAAAUUCCCCACCACGCAACUGCUCAUUGAGAAUGGGGCUGACGUUAAUAUUCAGGAUGAGGAGGGAUCCACAGCUCUUAUGUGCGCAGCUGAACACGGCCACCGUGACUUGGUCAAGUUGCUCCUCGCCCAGCCGGAUAUUGAUGCUCAGCUGGCCGAUUGUGACGCCUCUACCGCCCUGAAAAUCGCCGUCGAGAAUGGGCACAGCGACAUUGGGGUGCUCAUCUAUGCGCAUCAGACUUACACCAGGCCCGACUACGCA